CGUCACUUGCUGGAAGCGGUUGGAAGACAGUUUAGCCUGUUUUGGAGCAAAAGGGUUUUUUUUUUUUUGUUUUUUUCGGAGCAAAAAUAACAGUUGUGAGUCUGUCGCACAAUUCUGACGUCACUUCGGGGUCCGACUGCUGGGUCCACUGUUGAGGAGACAAUGUCAACCAUCCGUAAGAAGGUAGAUAACCGGAUCCGUGUGCAGAUAGAGAAUGGAGUGUCCAUGCAGCACCGCACAAUGUUCGUGGUGGUGGGAAACCGUGGCAGAGAUCAGGUUGUCAUUCUACAUCACAUGUUGUCUAAAGCUACGGUCAGGGCUCGACCCUCAGUCCUCUGGUGCUACAAAAAAGAACUGGGAUUCAGCAGCAAUCGCAAGAAGCGCAUGAGACAUCUGCAAAAGAAAAUUAAAACGGGCACAUUGAAUUUGAACCAGGGCGACCCAUUUGAACUCUUCAUUGCUGCGACAAACAUCCGCUACUGUUACUACAAUGAGACGCAAAAGAUCCUGGGAAACACUUUCGGCAUGUGCGUCUUACAGGAUUUUGAAGCGCUCACUCCAAAUCUCCUGGCAAGAACGAUCGAGACUGUUGAAGGAGGCGGGAUCGUGGUCAUACUGCUGAGGACCAUGAACUCUUUGAAGCAGCUCUAUACGAUGACCAUGGAUGUGCACUCGCGCUACAGGACUGAGGCUCAUCAGGAUGUGGUGGGAAGGUUCAACGAGCGGUUCAUUCUGUCUCUUGCGUCAUGCAAAAACUGUGUUGUCAUUGAUGACCAGCUCAACAUCCUGCCCAUCUCCAGCCACAUGGCAAAUAUCAAGCCUCUUCCUCCUAAGACUCUGGAGGAUGGUUUAUCUCCAAGAGAAGAAGAGCUGAAGGACCUAAAGGAGUCUCUGCAGGAUACUCAGCCUGUGGGUGUGCUGGUGGAUUGCUGCAGGACCAUGGACCAGGCCAAGACCGUGCUGAAGUUCAUUGAAGCAAUCUCAGAGAAGACGCUGAGGAGCACUGUGGCUCUGACUGCUGCACGUGGGCGAGGAAAAUCGGCAGCUCUGGGGCUGGCUGUCGCUGGAGCUGUAGCUUUUGGCUACUCAAAUAUCUUUGUGACCUCACCGAGCCCAGACAACCUCCACACCAUGUUUGAGUUCAUCUUCAAAGGCUUUGAUGCCCUCCAGUAUCAGGAGCAUCUCGACUACGAGAUCAUCCAGUCGUUGAAUCCUGAUUUCAAUAAAGCUGUUGUGCGUGUGAACAUCUUCAAAGAGCAUCGACAAACAAUUCAGUACAUCCAGCCAGGUGACGCCGUUAAAUUGGGCCAGGCAGAGCUGUUGGUCAUCGACGAGGCUGCCGCUAUCCCUCUACCUUUAGUUAAGAGCCUGCUGGGGCCAUACCUGGUUUUCAUGGCCUCCACAAUCAAUGGCUAUGAAGGCACUGGGCGUUCCCUUUCCCUCAAACUGAUCCAGCAGUUGCGAGAGCAGAGCGCAGACAGCCAGCAGAACCUGUCGGCAGAGAACAGGAACACCAGCACAGCCAGGCUAGCAGCAUCUCGUUCUUUGCAUGAGGUUUCUCUUCAUGAGUCCAUUCGGUACGCCCCUGGUGACCCUGUGGAGAAGUGGCUGAAUGAACUUCUCUGUUUGGACUGUCUGAACAUUCCCAGGCUCAUUUCCGGCUGUCCUCUUCCACAGGACUGUGAGCUAUACUAUGUGAACAGAGACACACUGUUCUGUUAUCACAAAGCAUCUGAAGCCUUCCUGCAGAGACUGAUGGCUCUUUAUGUGGCGUCACACUACAAGAAUUCGCCCAAUGACUUGCAGAUGUUGUCAGACGCUCCAUCCCAUCACCUCUUCUGCCUUCUGCCACCCGUCCCUCCCACACAGAACUCGCUACCUGAAGUCCUCGCUGUGGUGCAGGUGUGUCUAGAAGGAGAAAUAUCACGCCAGUCCAUACUUAACAGUCUUUCGAGAGGAAAGAAGGCUUUUGGUGACCUCAUUCCCUGGACUGUGUCAGAACAGUUUCAAGACUCAGAGUUUGGCGGGCUCUCUGGUGCCAGAAUAGUGCGAAUCGCUGUCAAUCCAGACUACCAGCGGAUGGGCUAUGGUUCCAGAGCACUUAAACUGCUGCAGAUGUACUUUGAAGGCAAGUUCCCCACUAUGGAUGAGAAGACGUGUGCCAGCCACAGUGAAAUCACAUCAGUCAGCAGCGAGGCUGUCAGUCUUCUGGAGGAGGUGGUCACACCACGAAAGGAACUCCCACCUCUGCUCCUGAAGCUGAGUGAGAGGAGAGCAGAGAGACUGCACUAUCUUGGCGUUUCGUACGGCCUUACUGCACAGCUGCUCAAGUUCUGGAAGAAAGCUGGUUACACUCCUGUCUACUUGAGACAAACUCCUAAUGAUCUGACAGGAGAGCACUCCUGCGUGAUGCUGAAGGAGCUGAAUGCAGAUGAAGCAUCGCAGCAGACUUUGUGGCUAACAGCCUUCUGGAAAGACUUCCGGCGGCGCUUCCUGUCUCUGCUGUCCUACCAAUUCAGCAGCUUCCCUCCAAGCUUGGCACUAAACAUCCUGCAGAAUAAGACCAAGGAGGAUACAAGCAAGCUCAGCAGCUCUGAGCUGGCUGCUCAUUUCAGCCCUUAUGACCUCAAACGUCUGGAGCUGUAUUCCAGGAGCAUGGUGGAUUACCACCUGAUCAUGGACCUGAUCCCAGCUGUGGCUCGCAUUUAUUUCCUUGGGCAGAUUGGUGAUGUGUCUCUGUCAGUUGCACAGUGUGCAUUGCUGCUGGGCAUCGGAUUGCAGCACAAAACUGUGGAACAGCUGGAAAAGGAAAUUGACCUCCCAUGCUCCCAGCUCAUGGGCCUCUUUAACCGUCUCGUCCGUAAAUUUGUGCAAGUCUUCACUGGCAUCCAAGAAAAAGCCAUAGAAGCACAGAUGGCAGCCACGAAAGAUGUGACUAUUGAGCCAACUGGCCGGAGUCUAAAUGAUGAUCUGAAUGAAGCAGCUAAAGAGUUUGAGGAGCAGCACAAACAGGAUGUAGAGAAAGUGAAAGAAAUGGACCUUGAAGAGUACAGGAUCCGUGGAGAUGAUGAUGAAUGGGACGAGGUGUUGAAGAAAGCAGGAAACACGGCUGUUAUCAGCAUAAAGAGGUGCAGGGACGGGCAGAAUUUUGGUGAAUGUUGUGAUUGUUGUAGAAAUGUGUGUGACAGUAUUGUCUUUCUAACAGUGACAAGAAGAGGAAACUGGUCGCAGGGACACUCGGAGCAAACUACAGUGAGCCACAGCCGAGUAAAUUAAAGAAGGACAAGCAAUACGGCAAAUUCAAAAAGGACAAGCAUGGAAAGAAGGCACGAUAGUAAAGCUGAUUAUGAAAUGACACUGGUUCUCCAUCAUCUUGGCCAAUAACACCAAAGGAAAAAGACAGAUGAU